CAUGAAGAAGUUGUAGGAGCUCUUUCUCUGGUUGCGUGGUAUUUGCUAAUGAGGUUUGGCGGUAUCGAUGUUCCGGAAGAUAGAUCCGACGUCACAAUUUAAAAGUAUUGUAGACGCAUUUCUGCUACAAGCAGCACAUGAAAAUUUGAUUGUUCCAGAGUUUGUCUCACAGCUUCAGGUAGACGUACUCAUUGUAAAGCCAAGCGAUGUAAGUAGACACUCCUUGAUCAAGAGGUUUCCAGUGAGACCUAGGGAAAGGAUUAUACCUUAUCGCCCAUUACGAGAGAGCAUACCUCCAGGAAGGAAUUCUGCAGGAGUCAUAAAAUCUGAAACUGAAGUCUUUGUUGGAAAUCUGCCAAUUGAUACUACAGAGGAAGACAUUACACAACUGUUUGAAGGUUUUGCUAUUAAGCAUAUCAAAAAGGUGAACAAUGACCAGAGAUGCUUUGCUUUUGUUGAUGUUGGCUGUUCUGGAAAGGUUCAAGAAGCUGUUCGUAAGUUAAAUAGAACAAAGUACAAGCAGAAAACCAUAACAGUGAGCAUUACAAAAGCCACUAAUCAGAAAAGAAAAGAAACUGAAUCCACAUUCCAGGAUGAAGAAUUGCCGGCUUUAGAAAAAGUAGAAGAAAUUAUCUGUACUGAGUCACUUAAAAAUGGUAGCGUUAAUUCUGAGAUGCUGUGUUGUGGCUCUCCAUUUACAGUUAAGGAAGCCAACUCCUUUGGCUAUGCUGUCCCAAUGGAAAUGAGGAGCGCUUUAUUGUUGCAAAUGCUCAAAGACUGCUUUCUGGAUCUAAACUGGAUGGCAUCUGUAACGAAGCCAAUUGGUAAAGCAGUAGUAGUGGUUACUGAUACUGUGCCUAAGACCCCAUUCUUCUGGGCUAUACAUCGAUCUGAGGAAACUCUUGCUAACAUGCACAAGUUGUUCAGUAUUUUGGCAGAGGCUGAAUCAAAGCGCCCUUUUCUGGCAAAGCAUAAUGUUAAACGGGGAAUGCGUUGCUUGGCUGAGUGUGUGUUGGAUGAGAGUGGUGAAGGAGCUUGGAACAGAUGCUGGAUUCUGGAGGUGAUAGGAGUCCAUGCUGUUGUCCUCUUCGUUGAUUAUGGACACUCAGCCAUUGUCCCAGUAAUGUCACUUCGUUCAUUGGAUGAUGACACAUUUUGGGUGAUCCCACCCUUGUCGCAGCCAUUUAUGCUUCAAGAAGAUGUGUUUUCCUUCCAGAGAAUCAUAGGAAGAUUGCUUCAAGGAAACAUUACCAAGGCCCACACAGAUGAGGUAAGAGAUGUUUCAAGUCUGAAAGUGAACAAAGUGUGA